AUGGGCAGCACACAGGCUUGGCAACAGAUCGUCUCUCAGAAACGGACUAUCAGGGAUCAACUCCUGACCCCAUAUCUAGUGGAUGAUGUAGAUCAACGUGUACCGCAAGUACAGAAUGUCGCAGAGCGCAGUCAAUUGGCGAAAGACCCUUUGGUUCAGGCCAUCACAGAUAUUGACAAUGUCGUUGUGCUGCUAGAACACCUCGAGAAAGGAGAGUUUCGAGCGGAACAGGUUAUCAAAUCCUAUAUCAAACGAGCCGUGGUGGCGCACCAAUUGACGAAUAGUCUCACUGAGAUCCUCUUCGAAGACGCUAUAGAGCAAGCAAGAGCCCUAGACGCCGAGUUUAAAGAUACCGGAAAGCUCAGAGGACCACUGCAUGGAAUCCCUAUCACGCUGAAAGACCAAUUCAACGUUAAAGGCGUCGACACGACUUUGGGAUACGUGGGCAGAUCCUUUGCUCCAGCCAAAGACGAUGCCGUGCUUGUUCAAGUGCUCAAGAAGAUGGGUGCCAUUAUCAUCGCCAAGACGAAUCUCCCGCAGAGUAUCAUGUGGGCCGAAACCGAGAACCCUCUCUGGGGACUCACGACCAAUCCUCGUAAUCCAGAGUUGUCACCCGGUGGCUCGACCGGGGGUGAAGGUGCCUUGCUUGCAAUGCACGGCUCCAUAAUCGGGUAUGGAACUGAUAUCGGCGGGAGUGUGAGGAUCCCACAGAGUACAGUAGGCCUGUAUGGAUUCAAACCUAGUAGUGCGCGACUCCCAUACCAGGGCGUCCCUGUCUCAACGGAAGGCCAGGAACAUGUCCCAUCUUCAAUUGGCCCAAUGGCUCGAGACCUCUCGUCCAUCUGCUAUAUGAGUCGUUUGUUAGCGAACAGCCAGCCUUGGGAUCUGGACCCGCGAUGUGCUCCCCUCCCCUGGAACGAGGGUGCAUUCCAGGAAAUUCAAAGCCUCCCUCUGGUUAUCGGUUUGAUUCUUGAUGAUGGCGUUGUUAAAGUCCACCCUCCCAUUGCACGCGCCUUGCAGGAACUAUCGACGGUCCUCAAAGCAAAUGGGCAUGAGGUUAUCGUCUGGGACACAUCCGACCAUGCCGCUUGUAUUGCAUUGAUGGAUCAGUACUAUACAGCCGAUGGCUGUGAGGAUAUCCGUCGAGAUGUAGCUGCGGCAGGUGAACCGUUUAUUCCACAUGUUGAAGCUUUGAUCAAUCGUGGCGAGGCCAUCUCGGUGUAUGAAUAUUGGCAGUUGAAUAAACGGAAAGCUGCGGCACAGAAGGGAUAUCUGGAUAAAUGGAACGCCGUGCGGUCCCCAUCUGGGAAGCCUGUUGAUGUUUUGUUGAGUCCUACUUUGCCACAUACGACUGUGCCACAUCGGAAGUUCCGUUGGGUAGGAUAUACUAAGAUUUGGAAUUUGCUUGAUUAUCCUGCAUUGACGUUCCCUGUGGAUAAGGUCAGGGCUGAUCAGGAUGCGAUGCCCUCGGAGCGGUAUGAGCCGAGGAACCAGCUCGAUGAGUGGAAUUGGAAUCUAUAUGAUGCGACGCAGGUGGACGGGUAUCCUGUCAACCUGCAGAUUAUCGGGAAGAAACUUCAUGAGGAGAAGGUGCUGGGGGUUGCUACGGUUAUUGAGAAGCUCUGGAAGAGCCAUGUCGAGGGCAAGUGA